AUGGACGCCAGGCAGGACGCCGAUAAUCUGGCCUGGGACCAGAGCGAUGAGCGCUGGGAAAAGGCUCUGAAACACGUCCGAGCAUCAGCUACCUGUCGUAAAAUUGAAGGAUUUGCCAGUCGAACUUUUGGGAAACCAGCAACUCUAGUCACUCCGUUAAUCAUUGGGGGUUUCAAUAUCGUCUAUCACUUCAAAGUCGAAGGCCUCUCAUCUCAAGUUCUCGUCCGGCUACCUUGUGCCGACCAGGCGAUGUUCCCAGAAGAAAAGACAACGGCAGAGACAUUCCAUCAUGGCAUUGAUGAAGAAAUCGGGCUGUACAUGAUCAUCAAGGACCUUGGCACCAGGCGUGGGAUGAGUCAUGCAUUGGAAGCUCCCCGUGGUGACCCCAACGAUGCGCCCAUCUUGAAUCCGAAAAUGUCGGAAACACAUCUGAAGGAUCUGUAUUCGAAGAUGGCGGAAUGUUUCCUACAGCUUGCACAGCUGAAAUUUCCGUGUAUAGGUUCUCUGGCUGAGUCCAGUCCAGGUACAUGUGAAGUCUUGGGACGACCUAUCAGUCUCAACAUGAACAACAUGUUCCAGCUCUCCAACGUUCCCUCGUCAGUAUUUCCAGCUGAAGUUACCGCAUACAGCACGGGGGAUGAGUGGUACACCAUGCUUGCCGAGAGGAAGAUGUCGACACUCGUUUUUCAGCACAACGAUAUGAUAUCAUCGGAAGACGACUGCAGAACAAAAUAUAUCGCCCGGAAGCUCUUUCACAGACUUGCCGGGCAGAACGGACUCACCAAAUUCGGACUUCCUGACGAUGACUGGUCCGCCUCUUCUGAGCUGUCUAAUGCGACACUGUCGUCACCAGACAACUCGGGGUCAUUCCGUCUUUGGUCAGACGACUUCAGACCAGUGAAUGUACUCAUCAAUGAUGAUAGCGAUGUCGUCGGCGCAAUAGAUUGGGAGUUUGCCCACCUUGGUCCAUCACAGUUCACGCUGGAUCCAUCAUGGUGGUUAUUACUUGAGGUGCCUGAGAUGUCGGAUGACGGCAUUGACGACUGGGCGAGUACCUAUGAACAAAGACUUGAGACCUGGCUGUCCGCUGUGGAAGAAGUUGAGAAAGAGACCAGCUCAGACUUGCCGCUUUCAGCGUAG